AAUUAUUUCAAUGGUGUUAUGAUACAAUUCUUGCAUAAAUGAUGUCAAACUGACAACUACAUGUCUUCAUUCUCGAUACCAUUUCUACAAGCAUAGAGCAUUUGACUCUGCCACUUCAAUCGCACCAAAGGCAGAAUGUCGCUCUUGCCACAGUGCAAGUUAAUUCCCCGAGUGCUUUCAUACCAGAAAAGAUCCAUCCAACAUUCUACCCGGACCAAAACUGCUUCGCAAACCCCAACCGAAACCCAGAAACAUAGAUUCGAUGCGACCUUAAAGAUUCCCGAGUUUGGAAGGAAGUAUGCCUCACACAAGCCGGUGCGGAGCAAUCUGGUGUUUUCGUAUUUCAUGGUCGGGACGCUGGGGUUGAUCUCGGCAGCGGGGGCCAAGGCCACUUUGCAUGAUUUUUUGGUCAACAUGUCUGCCUCGGCGGAUGUAUUGGCCCAGGCAAAGGUCGAAAUUGGACUUGGAGCGAUUCCCGAGGGCAAGAAUGUGAUUAUCAAAUGGCGUGGAAAGCCUGUAUUUAUUCGUCACCGGACACAAGAUGAAAUCGACGAAGCUCGCAAAAUAGACUGGAAGGACCUCCGCGAUCCCCAGCCGGACGAAGACCGCGUACAGAAGCCGGAAUGGUUGGUCAUGCUUGGUGUGUGUACACAUCUUGGGUGUGUCCCAAUUGGCGAGGCAGGUGACUAUGGAGGCUGGUUCUGUCCGUGUCAUGGAUCCCAUUACGAUAUCUCUGGACGGGCGAGGAGAGGCCCUGCGCCAUUGAAUCUGGAGGUCCCCCAGUAUAACUUUGCAACAGAGGAUAGUCUCAUCAUUGGUUAGGUGGGACCGAAAAAGGAUCCGUCAUAGAAAUAUUCAUCAACGGUAAUUUCGAAUUGUCUCUAUUUUGAUAGCAACAAGGAAUGAAAUGGGUACAAAUAACAUCGAACGAAUUGGUAGC